AACACUCACUCUCUCUCUCUCUCUCUUUCUCUCUCUAAAAACAAAACAGGCAACCUUUUCAACAUCUUUUACAUUAGUUACGUCAACUGAAUAACAUUCGAGAUGGCGGCGGAGGGUGGUAGUACGGCGGAGAUAGUGGUGGUUGUUAGAGAGUACAACCCUAAAACCGAUAGUGAACGAGUUGAACAAGUUGAAAGCAGCUGUGAAGUGGGCCCCAACGGCGAACUAUCACUUUACACUGAUCUGUUGGGUGAUCCGAUUUGUAGAGUUAGAAACUCACCGGCUUAUCUCAUGCUGGUGGCGGAGAUGGUGGUUAGCGGUGGCGAUGGAGCGGAGAUAGUAGGGAUGAUAAGGGGUUGUAUUAAGACGGUUACUUGUGGUAGUAAAUUCUCGCGUAGUAGAUUGGGUGAAUGUUCGAAACCGUUACCGGUUUUAACUAAACUCGCCUACAUUUUGGGCUUGCGGGUGUCUCCGGUUCAUCGGAGAAUGGGAAUCGGAUUAAAGCUUGUUCGUAGAAUGGAACAAUGGUUCGAAGAUAACGGUGCCGAAUACUCCUACAUCGCAACCGACGACGCUAAUGAGCCUUCGGUCAGUCUCUUCACGGAUAAAUGCGGCUACGCUAAGUUCCGUAACCCUUCCGUCCUUGUCCACCCGGUAUUUGCUCACCGUCUCCCCGUCAACAACCGUGUAACCAUCAUCAAACUCACCCCCUCCGACGCGGAGUCACUCUACCGCCACCGCUUCUCCACCACCGAGUUUUUCCCGCGCGACAUUGACGCGGUACUCAACAACCACCUCAACCUAGGGACCUUUUUGGCAUUGCCAAAAGGGUACAUUUGGGCGGGGCCGGAUAAAUUUUUAUCCGGCCCACCUGAAAAUUGGGCCGUUAUGAGCGUGUGGAAUUGUAAGGAUGUUUUUAAACUCGAAGUGAAAGGCGCAUCGAAGUUAAGAAAAGGGAUUGCUAAAACGACCCGGGUCGUGGAUCGGGCCUUCCCGUUUCUAAGGUUACCCUCACUCCCCAAAAUUUUUAGCCCAUUUGGGCUCCACAUGUUAUAUGGGCUAGGUGGGUCAGGCCCAUUGUACACGAAGUUCAUCAAGGCUCUAUUUGGGUUCGCCCAUAACCUAGCCAAGGAGUGCAAGUGUGGGGUGGUUGCAACUGAAGUGUCUAGUGAGGACCCGCUCAAGUUAGCAAUCCCACAUUGGAAGGUUCUAUCAUUCACGGAUUUGUGGUGUAUCAAGAGACUUGGGGAAGACUACAGUGACGGAUCAGUGGGUGACUGGAGAAAGUCACAGCCUGGUUUAUCCAUUUUUGUUGACCCUAGAGAGUUCUAACUUUUAACAAUAUAUAUAGUUGGUUGGUUGGUCUAGUUUACUGGUUUUAGGGUUUUUUUGUUUUUAAUGAGUGGGUGGGGAAACAAAGGAAAUGAGUAGGAAAUGUGUUUCAUGAGGGUAUAUGGUCAUGUGGGGCCUAUCUUUUCGCGUAAAUGAAUCUAGUAUUAUUGGUACUUUUGUUGAAAUCGGUAUGAUUUCUUUCGAAUUUCAAAAUUCAUAACUAAUUGAGUUUUCAAGAUUUUUAA